AUGUCCAAAAUCGUUUUCCAUUCACUCCGCGCGAUAUCGGCCCCAGGAGCACGCCUCACCCGCGUAAAUUUCUGUGGGGUCCCUGCAAGCCUGCCCUGCCGACCCUCCGGCGCCAUCGGCCGUGAUUCCGCGAAUCCUUCAACGACCUCAUCCUUCACAAGCGCCUCGCGCGCCGCACGUCGCCCCGCGCACCUCCCCGACGCCGGCUUCCGUUCCUUCCCGCCCAGCGCCAUGGGGGCCGCGCGCGAGUCCGCCGACCCCACCGCCGCGGCCAAGCAGUACCUCCGGACGCACAUCAAAGCCGCCCUCCGCAAGCUCACCAAGGAGCGCAUGGCCGCGGACAGCGAGGCCGUCUGCCGGCACGUCCUCGCCUCGACCUGCCUGGCGCGUGCCCAGCACGUCGGCUUCUACUUGUCCUGCGCGAAACUCCGCGAGGUCGGCACGGAGCCGCUCGAGCGGUUCCUCCUCGCCGAGGGCCGCGCCGGCAGCGCCACCCCCGCCGCGUACAUCCCGAUCGUCGACGGCGGCGCGUCCCACGAGAUGCGCCUGCUGCGCAUCCUCCCCGGGGAGGCGAUCGAGGCCACGGGGCCGUUCGGGAUCCGGGAGCCGCAGCACGACCCGCCGGGGGGCGGACCGCGCGAGAACCUCGCGGACCUCGACGAGCCGCUCGACGUGCUCUUCAUGCCGGGCCUCGGAUUCGACAGGUCCGGGCACAGGUUGGGUCGCGGUGGUGGGUACUACGACGCGUUCCUGGAGGGGGCGCUCGCGAGGGCGAAAGAGAAGGGGUGGCCGGCGCCGUUGCUGGUGGCGCUAGCGUUUCCUGAGCAGGUGGUGGACGAGAUUCCCGUCACGGCGCACGACGCCGGCGUCGACGUGAUUGUGUUGCCGGACGGGCCCGUGUUCUGCACCGAGGCUGGGCGGGAGCGCUGGUGA